AUGCCUUCUUUUAAUUUUCAUCCUGGGUUUGCUGGUCACAGCAUACGGUGCAACCCGUGGCAGCCGACGCAGUAUGUUAUUACGGCGGCAGAGCACUUUGGAGUGGCGGGAUCAGGCAAGGUGUACAUUGUAAACACUGCCCCGGGAUUUCCAACAGGGUCCCCUGUGUCCCUUAUGGGAUGUUGGGGAACAAGUGACGGUGCCUUUGACGCUUGUUUUAGCGAGGCGGAUCCAAACAUAGUGGCAGUUGCGUGUGGCGAUGGUGUGAAGUUGUACAAUGUGCAACAAUCCCUAAACCGUGAUGGCGUGGUUCCGCUUGUGCACAUUACUGAGCAUCAGGCGGAGGUGGCGGGGUUAUCUUGGAACCGGGGCAGUUUUCUCUCAUGCAGUUGGGAUGGUUCCGUAAAGUUGUACCAGGCAGCGAAUCCGCAGGUGUCUUGUAUGACCUUCCGGGAGCACAUGAAGGAGGUGUAUGAGUCCACCUUCUCCCCGCGCAACCCCGCGACCUUUCUCUCCUGCUCUGGUGAUGGGACGUGGAAGUUGUGGGAUGCCCGGGCGCCGCGCUCCACCCUCACGCAGGUGGGCCACAACCACCAAAUCAUUCUCAGCAUUGAUUGGAACAAAUACGACGGGAACAUCUUCGCCACCGGCGGGGUGGACCGCACCGUGCGGCUGUGGGAUCUCCGCCGGCCCACCGCCCCCCUCGCCGCGCUGCCCGGCCACGAGAACGCCUGCCGCCGCGUCCGCUUCGACCCGCACGCCCGCAACCGCCUCGCCUCCGCCGGGUACGACUGCCGCGUGUGCGUGUGGGACCUCAACCAGCCGCAGCGACCCCUCGCCGCCCGCUACGCCCAACACCGCGAGUUCGUCGUCGGACUCGACUGGUCCCUCGCAGCGCCGCUCGCCCUCGCCACCGCCGCCUGGGACGGACAGGCCUUCUUUUGGCAGCACGGGGCCCCACCGACGCCGUCCCCACCACUCGCAGCGCAGCUACCAGUCGCCGUCCCACCACCGCGAGUGCGAGUGCCACGCACAAAGGUCCUUCCAGGACUCCCACCCGUUCCAAUCACGGCACCGGUGUAA